UAACGCGCUUCUCGAAGUAUCAUUUAUAAAGACCAGAGCAACAUAUCAGCGACACAUCUUGAUAGUCCAUUCUCCUAAAACGAUGUCUGGUAACGUGGCUAACUGUAAUUCAAAUCCAGUAGAGUACGCUUCUUCUGACGAGUUUCAAGCAUCCAAUGUACAGAAAAUAAUAAGCGAUUUUGUGAAAGACCUAAGAAGUAUAUCCGGGAAAUGUAUGGAUGUCGGUUGCGGUCCUGGAGACAUAACACGUAAUGUUAUCUUGCCAAAUCUUCAUCCGAAUGCGGUAAUAAUUGGUACGGACAUUUCCGCGACCAUGAUUGAAUAUGCGAAAAAAGCAUACAGUGACAAUAAACGCCUCGAAUUUGAAGUACUGGAUAUUGAAACUGAAAGUUUACCUGAAAAAUACAUUUCUAAGCUUGAUUGUAUAUUUUCAUUUCACUCCUUGCAAUGGUGCAAUGAUAUCAGAAAAGCUUUUGAGAAUAUGUACCGUAUGCUUAAACCUGGUGGGAAUAUCCUCGUACAAUUUAUAGCAAAUAGUACUGCAUUAGAAGUGAAUAAGAAGCUAACACAGGAUGUCCGUUUUGCAUCUUACAUGCAGAAGAUGUAUACAUUUCCAUUUUCUAAUUCAGUACGACCACAAGAAGAGCUAGAACAGUUACUUAAAGAAAUCGGAUUUAGCGUUGAACAUUGCAGUCUUCUUGAAGUAGAUAGUUCCAACAUAAAUCUGGCCAUGUAUAUAUCUUCGAUAAUGAAUAUUUUUCCAUCUUUGGAUGAGAUGCCUCAUGAUAAAAAGGAAGAAUUUAAGGUCGAAUAUUCACGUGAAUACAACAAAUAUAACAAAAUUAAAUACGGUGUUAAAAAAUGUGGUAGUAAAGAAUCUAUAUUAAAUUUCCAUUUUUAUUUGAUAGUUCAUGCCAAAAAAUGUUAAUUAUAUUAUAUUCUAUGCAAUAUAAUUAUAUUGUAUUACA